UACAAGUUCGAGGUCACCGAAAUUCUCUGGACGUUCUCCAUAUAUCUCGAAUCUGUCGCCAUUUUCCCUCAGUUGUUCAUGUUGCAGCGUACCGGCGAAGCUGGGACAAUCACAACGCACUUUCUGGCCGCUCUGGGUCUUUAUCGUGCUCUGUACCUCCCCAACUGGAUAUAUAGAUACUUCACGGAGGAUGUGGUGGACCCCAUAGCUGUCACAGCUGGACUGGUGCGAACCGGGCUUUACCUCGAUUUCUUCUACGUCUACUUCACAAAGGUUGUAAAAUGUCAGUUUCCCCGCUCUGUGAGCUACAAAGGCAGCGAGCGCUGA